GUUUGCCCUAUUCCGCUCACAUUUACGCAGUGAUAAAAUAGUCUAGAAUCGCAAAUUUAGCGUGGCUUAAACAUUUAUCUAGAUAACCAUAAACCACUAAACUUGGAGAAAUUUUUAGACAAGGACAUCGUAACCUGCUGAAGCGCAAGUCUGCAGGUCCGAAAUGCCUCUGCUUGUAACAGACCACUCGUGGACGCAAACAGAGUCGAUGGUUUUCAUCAGCGUGCCUCUCAAAGGAGCCACGAAAGUGGACAUUGUCUCGUCAGACGAGUACCUUAAGGUUCAUUUCCCACCUUUUCUUUUGGAGGUUUUCCCAUCUGAGCUUGUUGAUGAUGUACAAAGCUCAGCAAAAAUUGGAAAUGGAGUCGCGGUCAUCAGUUUGUCAAAGAGGACUAACAAACUGUGGGAGCAUUUGUCAAUAACCACAUAUGAUAAAGAAACAAAAACAGAAAUCCGGGAGAGAGCUCUGUCCAAAAUGCAGGAAAAGCUUGCUGCAGAGGCCAAAAACAAAGCAGAGAAAAAGCAUAAUGAGAAGAAAUACGCUCUCAAGACAAUGAUGAACAUGGAAAACGAAGAACGAGAAAGAAUCCAGAAAAUGAAGGAUGAUGAACGAAACAGAACAACAGCUGAACUCGAAGCAUGGCAGCUAAAGGAGCGCAAGAAAGCUGAGGAAGAAGCUCGACUCAAAUUCCAAACCAAUCAACCAAAAGCUGUGAAACAAAAAUAUAAGAGAAGUGUCAGUGAAACAGACAAAAGGAAAAAGCAAGUGAUCAUUCCUGCUCCAAGAGUUCCAGGGAAUAUUGAAGUGUCGUUCACACCACGAGUUUUCCCCACUGCUCUCAGAGAGUCACGAGUUGAGGAGGAAGAAGAGUGGCUGAAAAAACAAGCAGAGGCCAGGCGCAUAGUCAACGCAGAUAUUGAAGAGCUGAAUGACCUAAGUGAGGAGGAGAGGAAUCCUGACUGGUUGAAAGAGAAAGGAAACAAGUGUUUUGCUGCAGGAAACUACUUGAGCGCUUUGAAUGCCUACAAUCUGGCAAUCAGAAUCAACAGAAAGAUCCCAGCUUUGUUUUCAAACAGGGCUGCUUGUCAUCUGAAGUUACGGAAUUUUCACAAAGCCAUUGAGGACUCAUCUCAGGCUCUUGAACUGCUGACUCCAGCCGUUCCUGCCAAUGCGGCCGCCCGAGCCAGAGCUCAUGUGCGUCGAGGCUCUGCUUUCUGCCAGCUGCAGCUCUACACGGAAGGAUUACAAGAAUACCAGACUGCGUUGAAGAUUGACCCGAACAAUGAAGCAUUGCAAGCAGACACACAAAAGAUUCGGGAGAUCAUACAAGGCAGUGCAGAAUAGCCUCUCCCAAAUUUAAAGCCCUGAUGUUAAACUCUCACGGUUUUUUUUUUUAUCUGGGGAUUUGCAUCAAUUAACUCAAACCUCCAAAGAUGGAACCUGGACUCUUUUGAGUUACAAGUUGCCGAGUGAUACAAUUUAUUUUCAAGUUUGUGAUCCCAAAUUUGAAUUACAAGCAAGGUUCAUACACUGCUGGCCAAAGGUAUUGGCACCUCUGCAAUUCUGUAAGAUAAUGCUCAAUUUCUCUCAGAAAAGCAUUGCAAUUACAAAUGCUUUGGUAGUAAUAUCUUCAUUGAUUUUGCUUCCAAUGAAAAAACAGAAAAGACACACAAAACUUCAAAAAUGGGCUGGACAAAUGUAUUGGCACCCUUUGAAAAAUCAUGUGAUGCUUCUCUAAUUUGUGUAAUUAACAGCACCCGUUACUUACCUGUGGCACAUAACAGACGGUGGCAAUAACUAAAUCACACUUGCAUCCAGUUAAAAUGGAUUAAAGUUGACUCAACCUCUGUCCUUUGUGUGUGUACCACAUCGAGCAUGGAGAAAAGAAAGGAAGACCAGAGAACUGUCUGUGGACUUGAGAAGCAAAAUUGUGAGGAAGCAUGGGCAAUCUCAAGGCUACAAGUCCAUCUCCAUAGACCUGAAUGUUCCUGUGUCUACCGUGCGCAGUGUCAUCAAUAAGUUUAAAGCCCAUGGCACUGUGGCUAACAUCCCUAGAUGUGGACAGAAAAGAAACAUUGACGAGAGAUUUCAAUGAAAGAUUGUGCGGAUCAAGUUCAAGCUGUCCUGCUGUCCGGGGGUACAACAGUGUCAACCCGUAGUAUCCUACACCCAGGAAGACCCCACUUCUGACCCAGAGACAUAAAAAAGCAAGGCUGGAGCUUGCCAAAACUUGCCUGAUAAAGCCAAAAACGUUUUGGAAGAAUGUUCUCUGGUAAGAUGAGACAAAAGUAGAGCUUUUUGGGAAAAGGCAUCAACAUAGAAUUUACAGGAAAAAGCGAGGCCUUCAAAGAAAAGAAUACCCUCCCAACAUUCAAACAUGGCGGAGGUUCCCUGAUGUUUUGGGGUUGCUUUGCUGCCUCUGGCACUGGACUGCUUGACCAUGUGCAUGGCAUCAUGAAGUCUGAAGACUACCAACCAAUGUAGGGCCCAGUGUGAGAAAGCUAGGUCUCCUUCAGAGGUCAUGGGUCUUCAAGCAGGACAAUGACCCAAAACACACUUCAAAAAGCAAUAGAAAAUGCCAAUACUUUUGGCCAGCAGUGUAUAGAAGGGUUUUAAGUGUGGGGAUGGGAAGAGCAACAAAUUGAGCAAAAUACGAAUAGUCACAAAAAAAGCAUGUAGUCAUGUAGUAAUUGGCUGACAUCACUCACAAGGUUACACCAAUUAAAAGCCCACAUUUAUACUACGACAGCUUUUGUCUGAAUGUGUGGAGAUAGAAGGGAGUCUUUACAGUCUCAUUCAUUCAUUUUCCAUGCCGCUUUUCCUCACGAGGGUCGCAGAGGUGCUGGAGCCUAUCCCAGCUGACCACGGGCAGUAGGCAGGGUACACCCUGAACUGGUUGCCAGCCAAUCGCAGGGCACAAGGAGACAUACAACCGUUCUCGCACACACUCAUUAUUAUACACAAUUUAGAAUAUUCAAUCAGCCUGUUUCAUGCGGGGAGAACAUGCAAACUGAACAUGCAAACUCCACACAGGAAGGCCGAAGCCCUGGAUUGAACCCUUGAUCUCAGAACUGUGAGGCGGACGUGCUAACCACUCAGCCAAGUGCCGCCGAGUCUUUACAGUCUCAUUUAUCGAAUUUUGACAGUAUAUUUUAUGA